CCCCUUUGCACCCAAUCUCCCCCCCCUCCUCGCAGCUGCCGUGUGAACGGACCGUGGGGGAGGCGAUCCGGAGCGAGCCUAUUUUUUUGGGGGGGGGUGUUGGAUAGAAGCAGAGGACCCCCCCCCCCAGUUUUCCUCUUCCCAGGCUGCCUCCCCCCCCUCCUCCUCCUCCCUUUCUUCCUUUCGGGCCUGGGCUGCCUCCUCUCCGGGCGCACGUGGCCGGCCGGCGACGCUUCCUUCCCUUCCCCGCGGCCCGCGCCUCGCUGCAAUCCGGCCUCCGCCCAGUCUCCAGCCUCGCGCGGAGGACGGCAGCAGCAGCAGCAGCAGCGGGCGCCUCUGCCCCCGGCUCCCCGCGCCACCUUGGCCCUGGCAAGGGGCCCUUUUGCUCCGCGUUGAGCGCGCAGGCGAGGGGGCCCCAAUUCCCCCCGAUUUUGCAAAUCAAUCAAUCAGAACCCGGGGGCGGAUUUGUUUCUUGCACGGUGUGCAUUUGGGCACCCCCCUUUUUUGGUGGUGCAUCUGCAACUGGCAAGCAGGACCCGCUGUGCAAAGCCUUGGAGAAGGCGCAAGGCCGGCAGGAAUCUUCCACAGCCCUUGCAAACCCCCCCAAAAGCCCCACAGGCUGCAGGCCCCACGGAGCCUGGCUGCAAAUCCAGCCGCACAGGUAGAGCUGCCCGGUUGCAUUCUGGGACUUGCAGUUUCUUCUCCCUCCUCCCCGGAGUUAAGGAAGCGAGGGCCUCAUGGAGGGAGACAAGGAGCCGGCCGCCGGGGGCCACCAGGCUUCCCCGCCGGGGGGUGACAACCCCUUCCCGUUCCCCGCCUGGGAGGAGGGCUCCGGGGACGAGAACGCGCUGGUCAUCCACAGCCAGGUGGAGGAGGAGGAGCACAAAUGCGCGGCGUGUGGCGAGAGCUUCCCUCACCCGCUGAGCCUCUUGCGCCACCAGAAGCAGCAGCAUGCGGGUGAGCGGGCCUUCGUGUGCCCCGAGUGCGGGCGCGGCUUCACCCUCAAGCACAACCUCAUCAUCCACCAGAGGAUCCACACCGGAGAGAAGCCCUUUGGCUGCGGCGUUUGCGGCAAGCGCUUCAGCCUCAAGCAGAACCUCUUGACCCACCAGAGGGUGCACGGCGGUGGCGCAGAGGGGGCCCCCUCCUGCCCCGUCUGCGGGAAGACCUUCCGGGAACAGCGCCUGCUCCUCGCCCACCGCCAGAAAGGCGGCUGUGGGCCCCCGGCCCAGGAGAAGCCGGGGGCGCCCUCCCCGCCGCGCAUGCACACCCGGGGGAGGCCCUGCGUGCCGAGCGAGGACGGCGACGUGCAGAGGCCGUUGCGGGUCAAGCACCAGCAGAAGCCCCGCCAGAACGGGGCAGCCUUCCCCUGCCAGGAGUGCGGCGAGGCCUUCGGCCGCCGGAGCAGCCUGGCAGGCCACCGCAGGACCCACCACCAGGCCGAAAGGCCGCUGCCGCCGCAGGGGGAGGAGGGCCGGAGGCGCCCCAAGGAGGCCCCCGCGAGCCCCAGCCGGAGGCUCCACGCUGGAGACGCCCCCUUCCAGUGCCUGACCUGCGGGAAGAACUUUGCGCAGAAGGGCAACCUGGCCGCGCACCGGAAGAGCCAUUUGGGGCAGGAGGCGCUCGGCUGAGGGCGAAGCUGCUGCUCCGAUGGGCCUCGCCAGGGCGGGGAGGUCGGAGGGGGAAGGGGGCGGCUGUGGGGGGUCCUGGAAGCCGAAGGGCCUGUUUGGGAUGUGGGAGCACGGAGGGGCUAUGGGGACUUUGGGAUAAUGCCUGAGUAGGGGAGGUCAGGGGCCUCUCAGCAGGGCAGCGCUUGCCCUGCCAGGGAUAUGGACCAUAACCGCUCCCAAGAACUUGGGAUCCCAUCAGCCAGGGGCAGUGAAGCGUUGCUUGGGGACCCCUCUUCCCUUCUGAAGCAAAAGCCCAUUUUCUACAUAUCGGCCGCAUUUCAAGCUUGGGUGUUCCCUGAACCUUCACAGGUGGGAUUUUUCUCACGUCGUGCCAUUGUUUGGUUUCCAUUUUGGGCAGCGACGUUGUGCCCCUCUUAAGUUCCCGUUCUGAGCCAUUGCGCCACGCAGCGUUACCUCCGCUCUGGGGUUUCCCAGCAUUUAUGUUCUGCUUCCCGUUUUACAAGUACGGAUGCCCAGGUUUAUUUCCCCAAACCCCGUUUGGUGGUUAAUUCCUGCCCUCCCCUAAGAUCCACGCAGCAUGUCCAGCUACAGCCUUCCCUGUUCUUUUGGUCCCGCAGCAGAGUGAUGAAGAGUCGUCUGGUUUGGGGGGCUGGGUGGGUCGAAAUUGGUGCCAAAGAUAGUCGACACAAACUCGGGGGUUGCCGAGGGAACAGAACGGGGGUACACGGAGUUUGUAUUUGAUUGCGGAAGAUUUCGCCCCACUGUGCGUCUUCUUCCUGUGGAUUUGAACCUGCAGCUCAGGGGAGAACCUUCUGUUGACAGCUGCGUCUUGCUAAACACAUUGGAGGAAGGCGGAGCGAUUGCACUAUGUACCAGAGAACCCACACAUUUGCCAGAGAACCCAUAGAAGAGGGCGGAUGUGUUUUCCAGUUGUUGCUGGAAAACGUCUUUGGAGGAGAGAGGAAUUCUGAAGAGCUGUAGCAACAUCCUCUUCUGAGUUCUGGUUUCCUGAGCCUGAUUUCCAGAUCCACGGAAGGAAAAGACCGUGUGGGAGUUUAGACUCUUUUUGGAUAGCUUAAUGUG